AUGACAAGCUGGCAUUUAUAUCUAUCUUAUACCUAUUUUAUUUUUGAAGAGAACGACAUCGCCAUAUUGACUUUGAGCAGACCAGUCCGUGAAGAAGGAUGUGUGAAAUUUGCAACUAUGGCCAAUCCAGGAGAAACAUUUGAUCAUAAAAGAUGUAUCGCUGCUGGAUGGGGAAGUCUCUUUUUCAGAGGACAUAGCCCUAACGAAUUAUAUAAAGUGGCCCUUCCAGCUAUUCCCCAUGAUGUUUGUAAAAGAAGAUCUGGGAUGCGAAUUGCUGAAGGAAUUCUUUGUGCCGGGGAUUUCAGACCAGGUGGAGCAUCUGUUUGCAAGGGUGACUCUGGUGGUCCACUUUAUUGUCCAAGAUCAAAUGGUGAAAUGGUGUUGGCAGGAGUAACAUGGUUGGCAGGAUAUAAAUGUGAGACAGAUGUCAGUGCUUUCAGCGACGUCGGAUAUUUCCGAAACUGGAUCGAUAGACACACGUGAGAAGUACUUUGAUGAAGAUAUCUGUUAUCGAA